CUGAGCAGGAGGCGUCAGAGGCAGAUAGCAUCCGGGCCUCUCUUCUCAGGCUCUCGUGCUAGCCGUGGCCGUGCACAUGUAUACCAACUCUGGAUGCCAGGACCUGCCAGGGACCAGAGAGGAGGAGGAGGAUGGUGAUGAUUACGAGAACAUGGCACCCCCCUACAAGGAUCUCCCUCCCAAGCCAGAUUCGAUGGCCCCACCUAGGCCUCCGAGGGCAGGAAAGAAAACAGAGAACCCCCCACUGCCUUGCAAGUCCCCAAAGAUCAAAGGCCCGGACCUCACCCCUGUCGUCUGCACAUCUCCUCCACUGGGUGGCAAUCCAGAGUGCCCUCCGUUCCAGCCGUCCCUAGCUGGUAAGUCCACAUGCCCCCCAGCCACCCCGGGGUCCCAGCUCAGUCAGAAGUCCAGAUGUCCUGGGUGCUCCCAGGAGGAGAGACUGGUGGUGUUCCUGUGUCUGCUGGUGGUGGUGUCACUGCUCCUGGGCUGCACUGGUCUGGCUGUGACCCUUAUCAAGUACCAGGAGGUGGUGGGAGAGCUGAGAAUGUUGACCUUUCAGCAGACGGCAUGGCAAGCAAGUGUGACUGGCAUGGCAGGGCUGGCUGGCCUGAAGAAGGAUAUUGACCACAUAAGAACUAACACCAACCAGUCCCUGGUAGAACUUCGGGGCUUAUUAGACUGUACCAGGAUCACCUGCCCUGAGGGCUGGCUCCCCUUUGAGGGCAAGUGUUACUACUUCUCCCCAAGGACCAAGUCAUGGGAUGAAGCCCGGAAGUUCUGCCAGGAGAAUUACUCUCACUUGGUCAUCAUCAGUAGCUUCGCCGAACAGAAGUUUGUGGCCAAGGCUCAUGGCUCUCCACGGAUCUACUGGCUGGGGCUGAGUGACAGGGACCAUGAAGGGGACUGGAAGUGGCUGGAUGGGUCACCUGUCACUCUGAGCUUUUGGGACCCAGAGGAGCCCAACAACAUCAACGAUGAGGACUGUGCCAGCAUGAACAAAGGUGGCACCUGGAAUGACCUCUCUUGUGACAAAACGACCUACUGGAUUUGUGAGCGGAAAUGUUCCUGUUGAACUCCACGGCUGAGGGUGGGGGGGGGGGUCCCUACUCGAGUGCCCCUUGGCUCUUGGGGAUGAGAACCUCCCGCCCUUCCACGGAAGACUCUGCCAGUCUGUGAACCAACAUGGAUGGACCUACGAUGGAACCAGCAGCUUGGAUGGAGCCGGUCCCCUUGGGUGCAAGUGAGAGCAUCUCUAGGGCAACGAGAGGGCUUGUGCAAUUGGAUGAUGUCCUAGUCUAUUCAGGCCGCUGUACCAGAAUACUGGAAACUGGAUGGCUUACAGGCAAUAGAGACUUACUUGUUGAAUUUCUGGAAGCCGGGAAGUCCAAGGUGACAGUGCAGUGCCUGGUGAGGGCCCACUUUCUGAUUCGCAGAGGGCCAUCUUGCUGUGUUCUGUUAUGCUGCAAGGGAGGGGGAGAACUCUCUGGGGUUCCUGUUAUAAGGACCAAAGAGUUCCACCCUUAUGACCUGAUCGCCCCCCAAAGGCCCUUAUCGCCUUGAACCAUCACAUUGAGGGUUAGGGUUUAAGAUACGAAUUGGGCGGGGGACACACAAUUCAGUCUGUAGCAGGUGGCCAGCUGGCAGGAGACCAGGUCUUAGACAUUGUCUCCCAGCUCUGGGGGCUGGAGGAAACUCACCAAGUCCUUGCUCCCGGCUCCGCGGAAGCUAUCCUGGCCGCGGGGGGCUCCGGGUCUGAUAAUGACUGAGCUGGAGCGGAAAACUCCCUGGCUCUUCUGAACCCUGGGGUGCUGGCCCAGGGCUCCCUUACUGCCUACCUGAUGUGGAACAGCUUCUGGGAAAGCAGGCAGGGAAAAAUUGUCCUUGACAAAGCAACUUUCUCAAUGUCCCAGGUGAGGUUUGCCUGACCUAGGGGGCAGAAUCAGGCCUCUGCCAAGACUUGGCCUGUGAAGCUUCCAGAAAGGCAGACCACCUGAGAGGCAAGCCCGCCCCCUCCCCCAAUGUGUGGUCAGAUUCCCAGGACAGCGGCGGCCUGCACCUGCCUUCAGGCCGUUGGUGGUUUGUAAAGAUCUUCGAUGAAUGAUUCACUUUUACUUGCCGUGGACCUUCCUGGACUAUUAGCUCUUGCCGUGUGAGAGCUUCUCAAAAUGUCAGUUCGACGUGUGGCCCUUGCCCAAGGUGACGGUCUGCUGUGGGGGAGGGCGUGUUCCACAAUAAAGCACCGUAGACUGGCUUAAAUGCGA